AAAGCCAGAGAGCGAGCUGAUGAAUUUGACUCAAGAAUCGGGACGCGGCGUGAGCGCGAGAGGAGAGCGAGCGAGCGAGGCAGGGAGCGAGCAACCGGGCAGGAGGGGCAGGAAGCAGCUCACACAGCAGCAGCAGCAGCGGGCAGCAGCAGCAGCAGGCAGCAGCAGCAUCGUCUGUCUCUGCAGUCGAGGCUGAGCGCGCCCUGUCGCGAUGUUUUACUACCACGUGCCUCAACAACUGGACAGCGACUGCUAUGAGGCCAAUACAUUGGGAGCCGGGGAACUUCCGUCAUCGGCCGACUUCGAAGAGGGCUUCUUCCGACGCAAGCAGAGACGCAACCGCACCACGUUCACCCUCCAGCAGCUGGAGGAGCUGGAGUCGGUCUUUGCUCAGACGCACUACCCAGACGUGUUCACGCGGGAGGAACUUGCAAUGAAAAUCAACCUCACCGAGGCACGAGUCCAGGUAACAACACCUUUACUCUGUCAAGACAAAGACACC